AUGGAACGACCAGAUGUUAUCAUUGAUUGGCGUGAUGAAACUGUAUCAGAAGAUGAAACUCAUCUUUUAUAUGAUGAGAAUGAUUCAUCAAAGGUUGUGAACAAGCCUUUUGUAAGAAUACUUGGUUAUAUAUUUUGGUGGGAGGAGAAAUGUAAGACGUUAUCACCUCAUCAUCAACCAAUCUUUGCAAGAGAAAAUCCACAAGUUGAAAGACUAAGAUACUCUCAAGAUCUUCCAGAGAGUGUUGAGGGAUAUCCUGUUGAAGAAUAUUUAAAGUAUGACACUCAGUGGUUAGAAACUGUAAAGUAUCAAUGUUAUUGCUAUGCAAGAAUAGUAUCAGAUGUGGUUGGAAGUGGAGUUUCAGGAUUUCAACUUUCACCUUCAUUUGCUAGUACCACCAGAACAUUUGUUCAUUAUAUUCCUCAAGCUUCUUAUUAUUCUACUAAUAAUCAUUACACGAUGGUGAAUCAGAAAAAUUUAGCUAAAAUUAGAAUAGAUUGGUUUAGAUGUGAAAUUGUUGAAUUAGAAAAAAAGUUACAUGCUAAAAUAUUUAGAAAACUUGGAAUGAAAGAAAAAUUGCCAGAAACUAAAGAAAAGCCAAAGAAAAAGUUUGAUUUUUCACUAUUAGAAAGAAAAAAGCCAAAUAGAGCUAUUCCCAUUGAGGCAAAUGUUAAUUAUGUUAUUCCAAAUAUCAAUUAUCCAAUUAAAUUGGAAGAUCCUAUCAUGUUAAUUGGUUAUCCUAAACGUGUAACAAAGCAAUAUUAUCUUGAUAAUUAUGAAAACGAUCGUUUUCCUUUAUACAGAGACGAUUUUGAUAACUUUUUUGGUUUAUCAUUUUUCAAAAUUGGAAGUUUAGGAAGAAUUAAGAGUUUCAAUGAUAAUUAUAUUCUUGUUUCAAACUCUGCAUUGUGUGGAAUGGGUGGUUCACCUGUUUUGACAUUUGAUGGUCAAUUAAUUGGUUUUUUAAUUGGUUCCACUAAAAAACUUGAAUAUAAUAUUGUAAUGAGAGUUAAUCAUCCUUCUUUUAUAAUUGAAUAUUUAAGUUUUCCUGCAUUUGAAUUAUUAGAAUUGAAUCAAGAUUUGUAUUUUCCAUUAUUAGAAUAUAUUAUUACAAAACAUUUACAUAUUAUUGAAAUUGCUAUAAAUUCUAAGAAGUUAAAGAAUGAAAGAAAGAGACAAAAUCUUGUAAAGAUUUUACAAAUCUAUCAGCAAAGAAUUCAAAAACAAUAA